GGACGGAGCGGCUCGGUGCCGCCGUACGAACGGCCUCCACCUCCCGCUCUUCCGGUGUCUCCUCCUUCUCCUCGCCUCUUCGUGGCGGCGGCGGCGGCGGAUGGGCAGCCGGGGAGCUGUGUGAUCCGCUUCCCCGCACCCCCACGGUGCCGGGUAGGGGUGGUACGGUCCGCAUCGGGGCCGCGAGGGGCCGCGGCGGGGCACGGGCUCCGCUCUGUCAGCCCCCGCCUGGCCUGUGAGACUGGAGGAGGCCAGCGCAGGUGCUGAGCUCUCACUAUGAAUGCUAUUGUUGCCCUCUGCCACUUCUGUGAGCUCCACGGUCCUCGCACCCUCUUCUGUACUGAGGUUUUACAUUCACCGCUUCCCCAAGGCGCGAGCAGCGGGGACAUCUCUGGACAGAAUGAGCAAGCGGAAGAGGAGGAAGGUGGCAUUCAGAUGAGCAGUCGCAUCCGCUCACACAGCCCAGCGGAAGGUGCCAGUGCCGACUCCAGCAGUCCAGGGCCAAAGAAGUCAGACAUGUGUGAGGGUUGCCGCUCUCUUGCAGGAGGGCAUCCUGGAUACGUCAGCCAUGACAAAGAGACUUCAAUCAAGUACGUCAGUCACCAGCACCCAAACCACCCCCAGCUGUUCAGCAUCGUGCGCCAGGCCUGCGUCCGCAGUCUGAGCUGCGAGGUCUGCCCAGGACGUGAAGGCCCUAUUUUUUUUGGAGAUGAACAACAUGGUUUUGUGUUCAGCCACACCUUCUUUAUCAAAGACAGUCUGGCUCGAGGUUUCCAGCGCUGGUACAGCAUCAUCACUAUCAUGAUGGACCGGAUUUACCUCAUCAACUCCUGGCCUUUCUUGUUGGGAAAAAUCAGGGGCAUCAUUGAUGAGCUUCAAGGCAAAGCACUUAAGGUGUUUGAAGCGGAGCAGUACGGGUGCCCUCAGCGUGCCCAGCGGAUGAACACAGCCUUCACUCCCUUCCUGCACCAGCGGAACGGCAAUGCAGCCCGCUCCUUAACAUCACUGACCAACGAUGAAAACCUGUGGGCAUGUUUGCAUACUUCCUUUGCUUGGCUUUUGAAAGCUUGUGGGAGCCGGCUUACAGAGAAGCUUCUAGAGGGAGCACCAACAGAAGACACCCUCGUUCAGAUGGAAAAACUUGCAGACCUGAAAGAAGAGUCAGAAGGCUGGGAUGGUUCUGAGGAGGGAGAGAAGUCUUCUUCCCAGCCAGAUGUUGUGGAGGGGCAGGAGCUAUCUAAAUGCUCACCCGAAACAUCUCUGAUGCCAGAUUGCAGUAGCUGGAAUGUAGCUCACAGAAGGUUAUCUGUAUUCCGCUCUCUCAGACACAUGAGGCAGGUUCUUGGGGCAUCAUCGUUCCGCAUGCUGGCUUGGCAUGUUUUGAUGGGGAACCAGGUCAUCUGGAAAGCUCGAGAUAUGGAUCUCGUCCAGUCUGCUUUUGAUGUGCUACGGACCAUGCUGCCUGUUGGUUGUGUGCGGAUCAUCCCCUACAGUGACCAGUACGAAGAGGCAUAUCGGUGUAACUUCCUCGGGCUUAGCCCACACGUCCAAAUCCCAUCCCACAUAUUAUCAUCUGAGUUCGCGGUCCUUGUGGAAGUUCGCUCUGCUACCCGGUCCAGUCUCUACCCGACUCUGUUUGACGACGAGCAGUCCCUCAACAAGUAUGAGUUCGUUGUCACCAGUGGUAGCCCUGUUGCAGCAGACCGAGUUGGCCCGACAAUCUUGAACAAGAUCGAAGCUGCUCUGACCAACCAGAACCUCUCUGUGGAUGUGGUGGAUCAGUGCCUUGUUUGCCUGAAGGAGGAGUGGAUGAAUAAAGUCAAGGUCCUCUUUAAAUUCACGAAAGUGGACAGCAGACCCAAGGAGGACACCCAAAAACUGCUGAGCAUUCUGGGAGCGGCAGAAGAGGACAACGUCAAGCUUCUCAAGUUCUGGAUGACUGGCCUGAGCAAGACGUACAAGUCCCACCUGAUGUCGACAGUUCGCAGCCCGACCUCCUCAGAGUCCCGGAACUAAAGGGUGCCCAACCUCACUUGCUGCCUUUGGAUAAUUGCAGGGACCCCCAAGUUACCACUGCUGAGCCUGCAGCACAUGCAUUAGGUGGAUAGUGAAACUUCAUCACUAUUCUUCCAUUCCUCAAACUAACUUGAAGAAUGACUCGAGUCUUUUCUAAUUGCUGUGAGACCGGACUAAUAAGUGCUAAUAAAUAAUGCUGCUGUCCGUCCUGAAACUCAGCUCUAAAUCUAGACCUCCACACUCGAGACUAAAGUGCAGCAACGCUCAACUAGUGUGAACUAAUUAAAAUUCCAUACUGUCCUCAUUAAGCAUUAAGGUGUGGCAGUAGACCUCAGUUUUAGGUUUCGUUGGCAAGACUCGGAUACCUGUGACAACAUCCAGAACUCCUGGGAAUGGAUAUAGUUAAUGUCUCUGAAUACCACAUAGAUCUCCUAAAUGCCUGGGAGAGAACAAGAACCAAAAAUUAGUGACGUGUCACAGGGUAUGGAUCAUAUGUAAAUUAUUUCAAACCACUUUAUGCUUGGAAUUAAGAGACUUUUCUGCUGUAGCAUAAGUCAGGAUAUCCUCUUGGAGUCCUGUCACUCCACUUUAUUUAUUUAUAUCUUAAUUUGAGACAGUUUCAGCAUUUACUUUGGAACUAUUGGCUGGGAGGCAGAAUUGUAGUAGAAGUCUCAAAUGCAGCCUACUUGCCUCUCUAGAGGGUAAAUUACUCUCCUUGUGUUGCCUGUGAUUGCAAAACUUCCAGGUAAUGAAGAUAACCUCUCCAGGAUAAGGCUGCUGGUGUUCUGACUUCAGAAACAGUUUUCUAGCUUCCUAAUUAAGCGGAAAAAAUCGAACCUGUAGGUGCUCCCUUAUAUAACUCUCUAGUAGCCGUUCUGAAUGCUUAAUCGUUCAUGGAAACAUUGGUGCAUUUUUUAAUUACCUAAACAGAUGUUCCUUACCUGCACUGUAAGGAACUACUGUUUCUGUUGUGAAUUUGUUUUUUUUCUGGAUCAUUGUUGGGAAAACUUGACGUUACCGUAGACAUUUUUAACAAGCUAGAGGCAGGUUUUACCCAGGUGACCUUCUACACUCAUUCAAACGAGACUCAAGCUCAGAGGAGAUGUUCCAACUUGUCACGAGUUCUGUUCUUAUGUAUAAAAUAUGCAGGAUGAUUUUUGUCUGGAACAUCCGUGAAAUGGAGACAGGCAUUAAAUCUCAUUAAGAGCUAUUUUUGUAAAAUGGAUGAAGCCUGGCUUUGUGUUGAUUUUCGGCGUGCGUGUGUUGGGGAAGCAGCAGUUGAUCCGCAGGGCAAUUCUGCAUCUGUGCCUUGGUCUAAUUUACAGAAUGUAACAGGUCUUUUCCUCUUAACUUUGUAUGUUUUAGUUUCUCGUACAUACGGAGCAAGAGAUGAUUGGGUAUAUUAAGUGAAAAUACUUGACUGGACAUGAAAUGACUGCAGGAUAUUCAAACAAAUACUUGGAAAAAAGGCAUUACUCUGUUAUUUCAAAAACCAACCACUUAUUUAAUUUCAAGGUUUGCAAAAAAGAUUGCGUUUCCCAACUGUCAGUAAGGAAAGGAGACAAAAGUGGUGAUGCAGCUCUCUCCACAGGAAAGGAAUCUUGGACUAAUAAAUAUGUCUGGCUUCCUGUGUGCUAGGUGCUAGUCAGGAGGGAAAAACAAAGCAACAGAAGUAAUUAGACAAGUGUGCACUAAUGAGUCAGAAUUUCUAGUACUAGGUCGGUGCUUGCCCUUGUGGCUACCUUUUAUGUGAUCUAGUACUCUUUCAUUUUUCUCCUUGAAAGUUAUUCUGGUCCAGUUCAGAGCUGUGUAACACAGCAGGCAAGACAUUAUUUGGCAUUUAGACCUUGCCUGCUGGACUGUUUCUGGAUUUGCAGGAAUAGCUCUCCCAAGAAAUCCAACAUUAGAAUUUCAUCUCUGUCUCACUGGCAGCUGGGGCAGCACCAUUAGCGAAGUCUGUGGUUCUGAACAGAGGUGUAGCUUCCUCCAAAAUACCAGGUCAAGCCUCGGGCUUCAUCUUCUUCCUUGCGUUUGUGUACAGUGUCUGUUGGUCUCCAUCCUGAUCCAAACGAGGGCUGUGUCAGGGAUGAUGCUCUGGAUAAGGUGCAGUUUCUGAGCCAGGGACAGGAAACCAUGGCCUUAACUCUUAAUACCCCAGGGAAAGAAGCGGGGAGUUGAAGUCUGUGAACCCAGGGCUCCUGCAUAGCACAAACCCAGAUGUGCUGCCUGCCAGAACAGAUCCAUAGGUGGGAAUACUGAGCUAAUGGGCUGGGCAAGUUCCUGCAGCUCAGGCCGCAGGCGCUGGAAUCUGCACACUCCCCUUAGUACAACUUAAUUAACAAAAU